UGGAAUGAGUUGUCUGUUGAAUGUGAGCUGCGUCUCAGUGGAAUAUCCCAACACAUUACUUUAGACAGUAGGCUACAUUAACACAAACCACAACCUUAGAUGCAAAUAUGUGUGUGUGUGUAUCAUGAAGGUAGACUAGUGCUGUAUGAAGUGAGGUAGCUUGAAGGGAUUGCCUCGGUUUACAGCUCCUUCUUCCUGACUUUUCUCUCACUGAGGGAGGAUCCAGGAACGCUGCCAGCUGGUGACAGAAGCAGCUCCACUGACACUCAGCAGCAGACAGCAGCGAGACACGCAGGAAGAAAAGACCACACUCAAACUCACAGUCGACAUGCCUCAGUAUUCAGACCUGGAGAAGGCCAUCAACACGCUGGUCACCCAGUUCCAUUCUGCUUCAGCUGACAAUGGUCCAACGCUGAAAGCUGAUGAAUUCAAAGGUCUUUUGUCCUCCCAGCUGCCUAACAUGGUCAAGGGGAUCGGCACAGACCAGGGACUGAGUGAGAUCCUGCGGAAGAUGGGUGUCGGUGAUGGCGAGGGCAUCUCUUUCAAGCAUUUCUGGAACUUAAUCCAGUCAGUAGCCACCACGCAGCACAGCCUCUUCAGCAGCCAGAAGGGCUCCUCAUGCAGCUGCAUCCUCCUGUGAAGAGCAGGCUCUUAGCCCAACACAUCAGCAAGCUCUGAGGUUCCACCCUGGAAUUUAACUAAACAGAGUAACAAUAUGCACAUCACUCUCCUCAUCAGGUGUCAGACAGAAUACAAAGGUGCGAAGUCUAGUCUGCACACAGCAAGCUGUUCCCAACAUUUAUGACAUUACAGUUUUUCUGACAGGUUUCCACAUCACGCUGCUGCCAGUAUACUGCCCAGCAUCCUUUGCACCAGUUAAAGUUUGCAUUUAAAUUCUCACAUUGUCAAAGUCUACAUGUUCAAACUACAAUUUGAACUAGCUUACAAUAAAAUAAUCAUGUUCAUACUUAGUACCAGAUAACAUCUAUUUGUAGCCAUUUGGUGAUCAUGAAUUAAGUAAUUUGCAUUAUAUGUUAUUUUAUUUAACAUACACAUGUUAAUGUUGGCUUAGGUUCCUGUUACUGAACUGGACAGUCUGAUCUUGGCUAGCAUGUUAUUAGGCACAGAAGUUUAGCUGUCCUUCUCUGUUGUAUUAGUUAAAGAUACACCCUGAUUUUUUUCUGUCGCCCCAGAUCCCAAAAUUUCUUCCCAGAUCAAACUCAAAAGUGAUCUUUGUUGAGGUUUAAAGCAUCGCCUCUGAGCUGGGAGGAGAUUUGGGGAGUGGAGGUGCUGUUAACAAAGUCAGGGAGAAUCAGGAGAAGUCUCCGUGAUGCAGCUAAAAAAACAGCUUCAGCAUUAAACUGAGCUCAUGUAGCUACAUAAACUAUACACUCUAAAGGCUUCAGUAUGCUUGAAACACACUAGGUCAUAGGACAUGUCAUCCAUAAAAACGUGUCGUAUGCUUCAAAAGAAGUGCUAGUUGGAUCAUCUAACAGCGCCACACACACACACCCUCACACAUCUUUCCAACAGCAUAUAAUAAAAAAAAAUAUUUUCGUAACUUUCCAAAACCGACAAUCUCAGAAUCAUGUUCACAUGGAGAGCUGUCACUUGUCACAUGAACAACCAAGUACAACACUAUUAAUGUCUUCCACGGGAGACUUCCAAAAGUUUUCAGUUGACAUUCAGAACAGCCGUUAACACUGCCUUCAGACUACACGUUGUACAAACUAAUUACACAUAUUGAACCCAUCAGACACUAUUAGACGAUCCAACAUGCACUUUGUUUGUCAGUGGCCCUAACACUAAUUUUGAAUUUAACUGGUGCAAAAGGCGGCAUUAUCACAGUCAUAGUCAUUAACAUAGUCACUUUCCCUCAUUUGCUCCAACUUUGUCUUGUGUUUCUUUUCCAUGUAUAAUAGUGAUUCAUGGUGCCUUCAAAUGGGUCCGAUCAUCAGAAAUAUUGAGGAAGAACAACAGUUUAACUUUCAGAAGCUUUCAAACUUUUAAAUAGAAUUACUUUCUUUCUUUGUGCAGAACUAUUGCUGCAAUUCUCAAUUCACAGUAUCUGUUAUUGUGUUAGCAAUGACGGUUUACACAGUAACUUCAAGUGUUAAACCUUGUCUGAAUCUUUAAGUAUAUGAUAAUAAUCAUCUCAAUUUGACCUUGUGUCAGUAAGAAAGCGUAGUUUGGAUUCUUUCGGACGUCAGUAUGUUUGUCUUUGCAAUCAUCUGGAGAAACAUCACAGAAUGUGUGCUUUAUAGUCCCUUUAUAAGUUUCUACUAGUAAUGCUUUUCCCUCUUUAAUCCUGCAUUUUCUAUGUAUUUAUGUUUUGUAAUUCUCUGUAUUCUGACCUGUGUGACACCAUAAGAAAAAUGAUGUAAUAAACAUACAAAGAAAUCACAA